GGUGAUAUAACAAAGUUUACAAAGACAACCACACAACCUAAUGGCAACACCUCACAAACACCUCAACCUUCAACCUUUGACGCACAAGGCAUGCAACCCAUGCAAUGUUCUAUGAUGGGGAUCAACCCAUCUGCUCUGGGCAUCACUCCUACUGGAUAUCCUCAUUUUGACCCUCUAACUUGGGCGAUGGCUUCAAAUACAAUGAAAGGUCCCUUUAUGCAGUUUUUGCCAGGACCACCAGUUAUGCCAAGAGGUGGAAGUACCUACGGAUCUCCUAUUGCUUCUGCUCCUACAGAUUCAUGUAGAAAUUCUAUGAAGAGUACUAGGAGGGAAAAUGACACUGAAGUGAGUUCCAAAUCAAAAAGGCACAAAGAAAAUAGUUCUAAGAAAGUUGGGAAGGGUGGGAAUGGAAACGGUAGAGGUGUCCCAAAUAAGAAAUGGGGUGAAGAGAAAGAUGACUUUUUGAUUCCUUUCUUGGCUAAUCAAGCUAGAAUGAGAAGAAAGGUUGAUAAAGGAUUUCGAAAGGAAGCUUUCAACGCCGCUGCAACUGCGUUGAAUGAAAAAUUCAAUAAGAGCUUCAGUGGGGAGCAUGUUUAUAAUCAUUAUAGAAAUUUGAAAACAAGAUAUCAAGACAUGCUUAAAUGUUUUGAAAUUAGUGGUGCCGGGUGGGAUGAGGAAACUAAAUACUAUAACUGUAUCAAAAACAACAUAUGAUUCAUUGAGUCCCAAACUGAAGGAAUAUGUCAACAAGCGAGUUGUGUUAUUUUGAUGAUCUUGCACUGAUAGUUGGGGAUGAUUUUGCUUCAGGUGAUUUUAGAAAAGACGUUUACACAAAGUUUGGGGGGCAAUCAAGUGAAGCCAUCGAUAUCGAUAGUGAGUCCCAUAAUGUUACUCAGGCUGACAAUAACGGUUCAAGGUUGGAAGGAAAGAUGAAGAAAUCAAUCCAAAAUGGAACUACUAGUGAGAAUGUGCCAUCUUCUCAUACUUUCCAGUGAAAAGGAUCCCGAAAUGAAAAUGGUCCAGAGUACUUUAACAAGUUAAUAGACAAGGUUGGUGAUGUGGCUUAUUCAAUUCAAAAUGCACAUCUCAUCCACUGGACUGAAAUUAUCCAAAUGCUUGUAUGUACUUGAUGGAUUCCCCAAUCGUGUAUUAGAUCAUGCUCUGGAGACGCUUUAUAAGAAUGAAGAUGAAGCUAGGUUCUUCAUUGUGAAACCUCUUCGUUCUCAAAUUUUUUGGAUUGAGAAGCAUAUACAUGACUAUGGUUUAGCAGUAAAUUCUGAAGAUGUCGAAGACUUGAAAAAUGAUGCAAAUCUCUCCCGUGCAACGAUUACUUUGGAUGAGUUUUGCAGCAUUUGCUUAUAGAAUAUUAGUUUCUUUCUUAAUUCCUUAGAAAAAAAAUAUAUUUCGCAAUUGUUAUGAGUAAU